GCCAUCGCUCCUCCUGUCUUUGUGUUUCAGAAGGAUAAAGCACAGAAGCUCCCAGCCUGCGCAGCGUGACCAGGAGCAGAGUUGUCGCCCAGGCCUGCAAUGCCCCGAGUUGCUGAAAAACAGAGGUCAGCAGAUGGGUCAAGUCCAGAAGAUGGGGAAGAGUCCGACCGAGAGGACGGGAGCUACUGCCCGCCCGUAAAGCGUGAAAGGACCUCAUCGCUCACACAGUUUCCUCCCUCACAACCAGUGGCCAAGAACAAUGUCUUCAUGCCCUCAAGCUUCUGCGAGCCUUCUGCGGGGAACUCUGACUCGGAGCCCGAGGAAAAAUGUACUGGAUUCCGGUUGAAGCCCCCCACGCUCAUCCACGGCCAGGCGCCCAGCGCAGGGGUGCCCAGUCAGAAGCCGAAGGAGCAGCAGCGGAGUGUCCUGCGCCCGGCCGUGCUGCAGGCCCCACAGCCAAAGGCUUUCUCGCAGGCAGUUCCAAGCAGCGGAACGAACGGCGUCAGUUUGCCUCCAGAUUGUGCAGCGGCCGGCUCUGACUCUUCGACCAACACGGCACCGCAGAGCCCGGAGUCGGAGGAGAAGGAGAAAGACCGCCAGCAGACUGAAGCCAACAGCGUUCCGGAGGCCGACAAGAGCGAAAAAGCGGAUCAGAGCACACAGCAGUCCUUCGUGUUUGGGCAGAACCUGAGAGACCGAGUGAAGCUAGGAGACGAAGGGGACGACUCGGUUGGUGUGCAGAACUCCCGACUGCUGAACACCGAGACGCCCUCAGCCACAAACUACUUCCUGCAGUACAUCAGCGCCAGCACAGAAAAGCCCCCGCACAGCGCUGACCCUUCCAGCAACAAGUUUGUGUUCGGGCAGAACAUGAGCGAGAGAGUGUUGAGUCCGCCCAAGUCGAGCGAGGCCAGCACGGACAGCAACAAGGAGAACACUGCCGGCGAUUCCGGCUCCGAGUCCUCACCGCAGGAGGUCACGCCGGAGAAAGCCAACAAUAUUUCGGAGUCCCUGGCGGAAUCUGCUGCAGCCUACACCAAGGCGACGGCCAGGAAGUGCCUCCUGGAGAAGGUGGAGGUGAUCACGGGAGAGGAGGCCGAGAGCAACGUCCUGCAGAUUCAGUGCAAGCUGUUUGUCUUCGACAAGCUCUCCCAGUCCUGGGUGGAGAGGGGCCGAGGGCUCCUGCGGCUGAACGACAUGGCGUCCACGGACGACGGCACGCUGCAGUCGCGCCUGGUCAUGAGGACGCAGGGCAGCUUGCGGCUGAUCCUGAACACCAAGCUGUGGGCGCAGAUGCAGAUCGACAAAGCCAGCGAGAAGAGCAUCCGGAUCACGGCCAUGGACACCGAGGACCAGGGAGUCAAGGUGUUCCUCAUCUCGGCGAGUUCCAAAGACACAGGACAGCUGUACGCAGCUCUGCACCACCGGAUCCUGGCCUUGCGGAGCCACGUGGAACAAGAGCAGGAGGCCAAGAACGCCGCUCCGGAGCCGGAAGUGACCCAGUCGAACGAGGAGGACAGCGACGAUGACGUCCUUGCUCCCUCAGGGUCUCCCGGGAGUGGCCCCACUGACGGAGGGGACGGGCCAGCGGCCAGCAGCACAUAGCAGCCGCCGUCCGCUCGGCUUGCAAGAGCUGCUGCCGGAAACACCCCGAGCAGGCCCCUCUGGACCUGCGCCCCAGGCCAACUCUUGCCCAGGCAGCGACGGAGGCGCCGCGAUUCAGACUCUGCACCCCUGUUCUUUUCCCCCUCCUCCUCCUCCUCCUCCUCCUUCAUGUGUGUGUGUGAUGGAUUUUUGGGGGGUGGGGGCUGGAUCAGUUGAUUCCAUAUUAAACAAAAAAAAGCAAAACACAGCAGACUUUGGACAAAACUGGCCGAAUGUGGUUUUGGGACAUUUACAUGCUCAUCAUAUUGAUGAGUGGGAAGAAAAACCGAUUCCUUUUCCCCCACACACAUUUGCGGUUGUGGGAAAGAGACUUCGAGACUUGCCACAGCUUGCCCGUGGGACCCUGCAUCCCGACAUGCAGUCUCUCGCCCGCCCGCCCGCCCACCCGCCCGCCCGCCGGCUCACUCUCCCUGGCCCCUCGUCUCCAGGAGCACUCUGGACUUCUCCCACGUGGAAUCCUUUUGUAAGUCCCGCCGCCUGCCUCUUCCCCACUCGGGCCCUGCAAGGGAGCUGGAUUUCAGCUGGAAGACCUCAGUUCUCAACCCGUUUGCCCCAGCGAACUGCGCAGGUGCCUGCACUGCUUUGGGCCUCUUGUUUUCUGUUUCCCUCAAAGGUGAAGAAUGACACGAAAGCUGCUUGCUGAGCUUGGAAAAGACGUUGACACUCUGGAGUGCAGAGUGCUUUUGCUAAUGGUCCCUUCCUUUGGUUCUUAUAUUACUGUUGAUGUUUUGGACUUCUACUGUGGCGAUAAUGUCUUUUUUAUUUUCAUUUUGAAUAAGAGAACUCUUGUGUCUUGAGCAGGUGGGCUCUUUCCAUUUUUCUACUGUUCACUUUCUGUUACUCUGUAAGGGAGAGCAAAGCCACAAUACAUGAAUAUACACACACGUGCACACACACUACAAAACACACACCAACCUCUCUAUGUGUAUAUAUAACAGGUGUUAACAUACCAGGUUGUGUUUUUUGCUUCUGAGGAGCCUCAUUUCUUUCUGGCCUCGGCGAGGAGCUUAACGGCUGGUCAGGAAGCCGCUCCGCCGCGUGUGAGCCAGCCACAGGGGCCAGCAGCCGAGAACAUGCACCGGCCCCGAGCGCGUUCCCCCGUCGGCUUGGCGCGGAACUUCGGCCGGCGCCUGACAAGCUGGGCGGGCAGCACAGCCAGCUGCCCCAUGGCUCCAGCGCUGAGCCCAAAGCACCCUGUUUAAGUUGGACCUUUUCUAACCUUUCUUGGAUGGGAGGGCUUUCCUCUCCAAACGUUUUUGCAGUGCCUGAGCAAACACGAGUGGCUCGGAAUGGUUGUGGGCCCGCAGAGCACGCAGCCCGCGCCCCAGCGCAGGGUGGGGCAAGGGCACGGGCACGGGAAAGCACCGCGGGGCACGUGCUCCCUUGACUUGCUGCCUCGAAGGGUUGGCACCCCGUCCGUGAGGGCUGCCUUUGACGGGGGCCUUGGACCACCUCUGCUUCAGAGGGAGAAGGGGCUGUGAUGGGGAACCGGGGUGGGCGGAGACCGCAUGACUCCUCCUCGCCUCUCGGAUGUGGCACUGCGGCUUCCGGCCUGCCAGAGGUGCCCCCGGGCACAGCCAGCAGCGAGGAGCUGCCAGUACUGGGGGCCCACGACACCUGCGCACCCGUGUCAGAGCGUGCCUGGGUGCUUGUGUGCUCCAGGCCCGUGCAGGGUUUCUGCGUGUGUGACCUCUGAGGAGCCAACAGCCGUGUGAAUUCCCUUUGACUCUUUCUGUUUCUGCCCGCCAGCUCAUUAACGAGACAAGGGAGAGGAAAAGCCGCCUGUUCUUGGCACCAGGGAGUCGGUGCGUGACUGUCCUCCAGGUUUCCCAUUUAAGUCCUCCGGCUUCUCUCUCUCUCUGCCCUGCCUAGAGAGAAAGGUGCAGCACAGAGGCCCAGACCAGCUGCUGAGUAGCAGAGACACCAACUGAGACGGUAACUCGUGGGCAGAGGUUAUGGGGACUGGGCUGGCAGGGGGACUAUUUGCAGCUCAGGCUGAGGAAGUUGACUCCCCUUGGAUUGGUUAAUGCAGGUGGAAUGGAAUUACGAUUCUCGGUGUGAAAGGGAGUGGGUUAAAAUGGCGCUACUUUGGCAUAGCGGGGAGGGAUUGGAGGUCUGUUUGGCCCGCAUCCCUUGGAGCAGCCGGGCCCUAGCAGGGGUCCCUUUUGGGUUGUGUGUGCAUGUGUGAACGGUGGCGUGUGAGUAGCUGGCAUUGAACGAGGCGCCAAGAGGAUGAGAGCUGGCUGGUUUUUUGGGCAUGUUUGGGUUCGAUGCAACGUUGAAACAGUUUCUCUCGGAGUUAAUAUUUUUUUUAAGCAUCCUUGUGGGAACUAUUUAUGGAUAUGGUGGUUUGGACUCAGACGGAUCACCUGUGGCAAAGGAGGGGGAGGAGAUGCCGUGUUCGUUGCGGAAGGGCACGGGCCUUGCCCUGGCGAGGCAGCCAUCCGGAGGACUCUUGCUGUGGGUGCUUCCCGGGGAGGAUGGCGUGCCGGCCAGGCCGGAGACGGGCUUACCACUUUACUUUCUGCUUCAAAUCGUUAGCCAACUAGUGACAAGCUAAGAAAAGCAAAAUCAGACAAUGCCCAUGUGUUUUGGAAGACUUCUGUACAAUUGUCAUAUCAGAUGUAUUUGGGAAUUACAUUAAAAAAACCCUUGUAACAAAAA